UUUUUAUUUAGUUUUCCAGUGUGACAAAACUAAGUCAAGAAAUGGGUUUCAGGUGUUAUUUUAUUCGAUUGACCACACUUAGUUUAUUUGGGUUGCCAGGUGUAUUCCUACAAGAAGUUACACUUGUACCGACGAGUAUUGAUGUAGUUGAAAAUUCUAGUGUCACGUUGACAUGCUCAUUAACUGGUCACGUAUCGGCAUGGAGCAUAAAUGAUGAUGCCGUUAUCUGGGCGCAUAUAUACAUAUCAAACGACGGGACAUGUCAGGCACAUGGCUUUGUCAAUAACAGUUCUUUAUAUUUAUGGAAUUGUCAUAGAAAUGGAAGCUUUACUUUAACGUUGAUUAAAGUUGAUAGAUCACAACAUGGAAAUAUUUGGGCAUGUAAGGAGGGAUUUUCGUUAAGUAAUCAAGUAGUUAUCAAUGUGAAAGUUCCCGUGGAAAAAAUUGAAGUUACUACGCCAAGCGAUAGCAAUGUAACAAUAUUAGAAAAUAAUUAUGAAUUGUUUAUAUGUAAUACAUCAUACAGCAGACCAACACCAUCUGUUCAAUGGUUAAUGCAAAUUGGAGAUAAAACAAGUCCAAUAAACACAGCUAGUUCUGUUGAAAUCAUAUCUGACGACAAAGGGUAUAACUCUACUAGUAGUCAGCUAAACAUAAGUGUCACUAGAGAAAAACAGGGGGCAAAAAUAUUUUGUAAUGGUGCAAAUGGCUUAGGAUCAAAUGUUGUCUCUCGAAAAAUAACGCUUCAUGUAUUUUAUGCUCCUAAUAGAGGUCCUUAUAUUGACAAAGCUUUCAAUAACAGUUUCUACAAAUUGAAGGAAAACAGCAAUUGUAAUAUCACAUGCAUAGCCGUUGGGGGUUACCCGCCCCCAAAACUAUCAUGGAACUGCACUGGAACACAAUUCGAGUUUGAAAGGAAUGAAGAGGUAGGAUUAAAUUUACAGUGGCUGGGAAAACGUGAUGAAGACAAAGUUUGCACAUGCACAUCAAAUCAUGUGGUAGCGGGGAUUCAUACAGCUAUAAUAAAGAUAUACAUAUUAUACCCGCCUACGAUUGAAAGCAUCAAAUUUGAGCACACCAACCUUAAUCAACGUACCGCAGUUAAAAACACAAUACGUGUCAUAGAAAAUGAAACUUACACAUUGGUAUGUGAAGCAAACAGCAAACCAGAACCAUCCUAUAAAUGGGCAGGGUUAAAAUAUUCAAAUGUGUCAACCGUCGUCAUAGUUAACCCACAAACACGACAGAACUAUUCGGAAACAUGUUUGGCAACAAACGUCAUGCACAUUUCUGAUACCGGACAAGAGACAGUAACCGUUAGCAGACGUUUGAAUGUGGAGAUUCUUUAUCCACCUAAAGUUAAUACAAUGCUUGAAAAACGAGUUAAAGAAGGGACGGCUGUACAGUUAACAUGUCCAAUAACUCCUGGAAAUCCAGCUGCAACGAAUUUCAAGUGGACAAGGGCAUUGGAUAAUAAACGCUGGUUUAAUGAAUCGUUUACGAUUCAUAAAGUUUCUCGAAACGAUACAAUGACUUAUACAUGCAUGGCAAAUAACACAAUGGUUAUGACAGGAAACAUCAACAGAAUUGGGUCAUCAAGCAAGAGCACACUCCUGAAAGUAUUGUAUCCACCGACGAUACAUUCAAUGGUUGAUAAACGAGUGAUAGAGGGGUUAGGAGUUGAGAUGAACUGUCCAAUUACACGUGGUAAUCCAAUUCUUACCAGUGUUUCAUGGACGAGAGAGUUAGAUAACAUGCGCUGA